AUGCUGCUGCUCCUGAUCCUGCUGCCCGUGGCCUUUCUCCUGCCCCCCGGUGCUGGGGCUGGUGAGAUCGUCGGGGGAUGGGAAUCCAAGCCCCACUCCAGGCCCUACAUGGCCUUUCUGCGUGUCCAACGUAAAAACAGGACGACUCUCUGCGGCGGGUUCCUGGUGGCGGAGAACGUCGUGCUGACGGCUGCUCACUGCCGGGGGAAUAACAUCACGGUCACCCUGGGAGCCCACAACAUCAAACAACAGGAACCGAGCCAGCAAGUGAUUGAAGUGCAAAGGCAGAUCCCCCACCCGCAGUACAACUGGGAGACUAAAAUCAAUGACAUCAUGCUGCUGCAGGGCGACUCCGGGGGCCCCCUGGUGUGUGGAGAGAAAGCCUGGGGCAUCGUCUCCUGGGGGUAUUGCAAAGCACCCGGGGUCUACACGAAAAUCUCCGCCUUCGUCCCCUGGAUAAACAACACCAUGAGGAGGCUGCAGGCUGGAGCCGGGCCGUGAAUCGCUGCCCAGGCUUCUGUGCUUGGGAGGGCUCCGAAUAUAGAUGGGAGUGAGUUUGCCCCCCAUAGCAGAGGCCCCCUUCCCACAGUUUUUGCUUCACUCCGGCAGUUCCCAAACCCAUGAGCAUCUAGGCAGGAACCC